GCCACCGAGUCCGCGGACAUGUCCUUCCCGCAGCUGGGUUACCCGCAGUACCUGAGCGCGGCAGGGCCCGGCGCCUACGGGGGCGAGCGCCCGGGAGUGCUGGCCGCGGCUGCUGCGGCGGCCGCCGCCGCCUCGUCGGGCCGCCCGGGGGCCGCGGAGCUGGGCGCCGGCGCCGGCGCAGCCGCCGUGACCUCGGUGCUGGGCAUGUACGCGGCGGCCGGCCCCUACGCGGGCGCGCCCAACUACAGCGCCUUCCUGCCCUACGCCGCCGACCUCAGCCUCUUCUCGCAGAUGGGCUCGCAGUAUGAACUCAAAGACAACCCCGGGGUGCAUCCGGCCACCUUCGCGGCGCACACGACGCCGGCCUAUUAUCCUUACGGCCAGUUCCAGUACGGGGACCCUGGGAGGCCCAAGAACGCCACGCGCGAGAGCACCAGCACGCUGAAGGCCUGGCUCAACGAGCACCGCAAAAACCCCUACCCCACCAAGGGCGAGAAGAUCAUGCUGGCCAUCAUCACCAAGAUGACCCUCACGCAGGUGUCCACCUGGUUCGCCAACGCGCGCCGCCGCCUCAAGAAGGAGAACAAGGUGACGUGGGGCGCGCGCAGCAAGGACCAGGAGGACGGCGCCCUCUUCGGCAGCGACACGGAGGGAGACCCUGAGAAGGCCGAGGACGACGAGGAGAUCGAUCUGGAGAGCAUUGACAUCGACAAGAUCGACGAGCACGACGGCGACCAGAGCAACGAGGACGAUGAAGACAAGGCUGACGCGCCGCGGGCGCCGGCCGUCCCCGCUGCCCUCGCCCGGGACUUGGGCUCGCCGCUGGCUGCAGCCGACGCGCUCAAGCCCCGAGACUCGCCCAUAGGCCUGGCCAAGGAGGCCCCGGAGCCGGGCAGCACGCGUCUGCUGAGCCCGGGUGCCGCGGCAGGCGGCCUGCAGGGCGCGCCGCACAGCAAGCCCAAGAUCUGGUCGCUGGCGGAGACGGCCACUAGCCCCGACGGCGCGCCCAAGGCCUCGCCGCCGCCGCCCGCAGGCCACCCCGGCGCACCAGGGCCCCCCGCGGGCGCACCGCUGCAGCACCCCGCCUUCCUGCCCAGCCACGGACUGUACACCUGCCACAUCGGCAAGUUCUCCAACUGGACCAACGGCGCGUUCCUCGCGCAGGGCUCGCUGCUCAACAUGCGCUCGUUUCUGGGCGUUGGCGCCCCCCACACCACGCCCCACGGCCCGCACCUGCCCGCGCCGCCGCCGCAACCACCCGUCGCCGUCGCCCCGGGGAUGCUUCACGGCGAUAAGGCCUCGGCCCGCAGCAGCCCCGUGCUCCCAGAGAGAGACCUCGCCCCCAGGCCAGACUCUCCCGCACAGCAGUUAAAGUCGCCCUUCCAGCCUGUGCGCGACAAGUGUGAAUGCAGCUACUUGUUUGGAUGCCAGCACCUUGGGGCUGUCUCGCGUGGAGAGUGAUUAAAGGACCUGCAGCCCUCCACUAGCUGCUGGCCUCCACGCUGCUUCUGAUCCAUCCUGGCUCCACAGGAAAACUUAUUCAAAGAGCCCCUAAAAUUCCUAAGUCCUGCACCUGGCCCUCAGCUGCAUGGCGUUUUCCUCUGCCCCUGUGACCACGCCAGGGUCAGAGGCUUUGCUGCAAAGCCCUUGGUCUAUGCUGCUUGGGAAGUGAACCCUGCGUGCAAAUAGCUGAUGGGACGACUCAGCUUUCCUCACCGUGGCUAGCUGCAGAUGAGGCUCAAUGGCGAAAAGAUGGUUUCCUACGCUCCUGUGUUCAAGUCACACUUAAUGUAGCUAUUUCAUUUAAAUUAAGCACUUAAUGUUGUUGUUGGGAGGUAAUGAAGGGCACGUGGAAGCUGUGAGUUCCUAUUUAUUGAAAUUAGAGAGGACCCAGGUAAGAUGCCCCCCGGGGGCCCAGUGUGGCUCCGACGCUUGAGCGAGUGAUGCUAGAGGCACCUCCCUCUCAGCGUCUCCCCCUGCAGCGUCUGCCUUUCAAACGUUCCACCAGCUGAGCAAAUGAGCCGCAUUCCCACUUAAAACGUUUCCUUCCCGUAAUAGGUUCUUUCUGGGAUCAUCGAAAAAGUAUUUUGAAGGGACUUCCCAGAAUUUAAAAUGUGACCACAUGGUGCCCAAGUCAACACGCUGCUUUCCCUCCGGGAGGAUGAGCCCUGCCACCGUGGAGCAGAUGUGCUCUGCUCUGUGGCCACUUUUCAAAGCCUGUGGGUUGGUCCUUUUCUUACUAGUGGAGAACCAAGCUAAAUGCAGUUUGCACUUCACCUCUCGUCUUAGAGCCUCGAUUGGCUGAGUGACCGUGUCCCCCACCUGGGGGAGCCGACGGACAUACAGCGUUCCAGCAGGUUUCCAGGAUCAUUCCUUAUAAAGGAAUAAGAACAACUGGGGACUGUGUUAUUCCGAGCUGGGUUUCAAAUCCCUGUGGCUAAUGGUAUCGGUGAAAACAAUUAACUCCUGUGUAUUUCAGGCUACAAGCACGACCUUGUAAGGAUCGCGUUUAAUUAUGUGCUAUAUUAAUGUUAUAUUGAUUAUGUUAUUGCCUGUAAAUCCAGUUGCUUAAUAAA